GCACAAGCAAAUGCAAACGGGCAAAGCUCUGUUGAACCGCAAACUCAUACAGUGAAUAAACCAGAAAGUAAUGAGCAGUCAGAAAGAUUAGAGCAGGAGCAGGAGCUCGCACAGGCAAAACCCAGGCAACCCACGGGAGAAAACGUACAGAACACAGGAGAAAACGUACCGAACAAGGGAGAAAACGUAGCGAGCUCGAGCAAAUACACCAACACUAAUGCGGGUGGCGAGGCUAAACAUAAUGGCGGAGAUAGUCAAGAGGAAGGUAAUACCAGGGCGUCAGAUGGUGGUGCCAUAGAUAACAGCAAAUAUAAGAAUGUGGAUCCCCGCAAGUACAGUCCUUCGCCUACCAGCACCCCGGUCUUAUUAAGUGAACCAGGGCCACCGCCUGCACCUAAGCCCAAGGUUUUAGUACCGGGCGACAAAGAGUUGGACAAGGCUAGGCAGCAGUUGGAAUCGGAGCAUACAGAUAAAUGGGUCAACGAG